GGAGAUGGCUGCGACGAGGGAGGCUGUCAAUCUGGAUACGGACUUCAGGGCUGGCAAAAAUCGCUCUGGAGCCCUCGUUCGAUUUGCAAGCCGUGCCGGGUGCAGCACUGCAGCGUGUGUGACAACUCCGAGUAUUCCUGUGAUAGCUGCCAGGAGGAUUUUGGCAUCACGCCAUCUGGACUGUGUGCUGUGUGCGGACCUGGCUGCGUUGAGUGCAAGGUGGCGACAGCCUGCGAGAAAUGCGAUGCUGGCUUCGUUCUGGUGAAUGGUGCGUGUCAUGCUUGUGCGGACAAGUGCUUGAGCUGCACUGUCUCUGGACCUGGAUCUUGUGACAAGCACAGCUGUGCGAAGGCGCGUCCUGUCGUGCUUGCAUUCUUGAUUCCGGGGCUGACAGAUAGAGUAGGUGAGAGCGGGCAUUGA